ACCACGCCUUCUGCACCAUUCACUUUUCUUUUCUUCCCGCACAGCAACCGUUAUUUAUUCGUGCUGUGUUGAAAGACGUAGAAAAUAGUUUUCUAUUUAGAUUUAGCAGAAACGCCUAGCUGUAAACAUGGGGGUAACCAGAUUAACGCGUCAUAUGUUUUUAUGGAGUAUGGCAAUUAUUUACAUGUUUGCUUUUGCAUCCCUCUAUGUCCAGAUACCAGGUCUCUAUGGCAAUGAGGGGGUCCUGCCUGUGCGCCUGGUGGAGCCCCGUGUGGACGGCUCCAGGCCAGUGUUGGAGCAGAUACAUGCCCACCCCUCCCUGCUGUGGCUGGGGCCCUGGCUGGGUCUGGACCUGGACGCCCAGCAGGCAAUGGAGCUGCUCUGCCUGGUGGGGGCUCUCUUAGCCCUGGGAGCAGCCCUAGUGGAGCCCCUCCGAGACAGCCUGGUGUUCUUCUGCCUCUGGGCCCUCUACCUCUCCCUCUGUCAGGUGGGUCAAGACUUUCUGCGUUUUCAGUGGGACAGCCUGCUGUUGGAGGCGGGCUUCCUGACCGUGCUCAUCGCGCCGCUCAACCUCCUGCGGUGCUCGACGUUCCGUCAGCAUGACGGCGUGACCUUCUGGCUGGCGCGCUGGCUCCUGUUCCGUCUCACCUUUGGCUCCGGGGUCGCCAAGCUGGCCAGCCACUGCCCCAGCUGGUGGGGGCUCACUGCGGUGAACCACAUGUUUGAGGCCCAGGGCAUCCCCCUGCCAUUGUCCUGGUUCAUCCAGCAGCUGCCAGACUGGUACCUGAAGCUGGGGACUGUCGGUCUGUUGGUGACAGAGAUCGCUGUGCCCCCCCUCUACUUCGCCCCCAUCCGCCACCUCAGACUGACAGCCUUCUACAUUCAGGCAACAUACCAGGUGAAGUUGAUGCUCUUGGGGAACUAUGGCUUCCUGCCCUUCCUCUCCCUGGCUCUGACUUUCUCCCUGUUGGACGACGACCAUAUCAGCUACUGGCUGGGCCACGGCAAGAAGAAGAGAACCAAGACCUGGCCCCAAACCGUAAUGUCAUUGCUGGUUGUACUGGCUGUAUUUGCUGUCAUCAUCUAUGGAACUAAACUGCUCUUCACACUGGAGAUCGACUGGGAUGCCAAGUCUAUAACCUCCAAAACCGCCUUCACCCAGCAGCAGUUUGGCAAUUGGUUGAAGCUUGUGACAGGACCCACUAUCUGGGUAGGAGUUCUCUCUCUCACCUGGGAGGUGGUGGCAGCCAUGCUUGGGUGUGUGUGUGUUAGAGGGUGCCUCUGGAAGCUCUGGGGCCUCGUCCAAUGGGCUGUCUUUGCCUCAGCUGCAGUCGCUGUGUUUGCUAUCAGUGUGGUGCCCUACUCGUCCAUGGAACAGGUGUACAGCAGUAAGAUCCUACCGGAGGUGAGACAAGCCUACAAGCUAGUGGAGCGCUACAGACUGGUCAGUGCCUACAGCCUGGACAGCAGGAUGACAGGGGUGGACGGGAGGUCAGAGGUCAUCCUAGAGGGCAGCAUGGACAAGAACACCUGGACGGAGAUAGAGUUCAUGUACAAGCCGGGGAACGUGGGCGUGGCCCCUCCAGUGGUGGCCCCCCACCAGCCACGGUUAGACUGGCAGAUGAGCCAGGCAGCCCAGGGACUGGCCAAACAGAGCCCCUGGUUCACAAGCCUAGUGCACUGCCUACUGCAGGGCAAUAAGGAUGUGGUGAGACUGAUCCAGACAGACUCAGCCCAAUACCCAUUCAGCCAGGCCCCCCCGGUCUACCUCCGAGCCAGCCUCUACCGGUACUGGUUCACCCAGACCACACAGGACGGGUCUGGUCCUAAUGAGUGGUGGAGGAGAGACUAUGCAGAGGAGUUCUAUCCUGCAGUGCAGCUGGGUGGCCCUACUCUGGAGGCCAGGCUCAGCCAGCACGGACUCAAGGAGAAGUUCCCGAUCCAGCCCAGUCCUGACUCUCCUCUGGCCCAGGUUCUGAGGCACGUGCGGGGCCACGUUCAAACUCUACCCGGCCACCUGGUGCUCUGGUCCCUCCUGGCCACUGUCGCCACCAUCUGGCUCCUCAGAACCCUGCUCUCUGGGGUCCUGGGGGGCCGAAAGGCUAAACCCUCCCCAGCCGAACCCAAGGCCAAGAAGGCUAAGGACCAGCCAGCAGAGAAGAGUGCCUCGGCCUCCAGUCACAAAGCAGAGAGGGAGAACUCUGAGGAGAGUAGACGGGAUGCUGACAAGAGCCCUAAGAAGAGGAAGUGAUGUGGGACUGCUGCCAUGGGACUUCCUGUUACGUUCUUGUUGUUGCCCCUUGUCUCGGAAUGGCGGAGAGAAGGGGUGUUACCUACAUGUAAAUCUCAGGUGUUUCUACAGUAACUGCCAAUCCGACCAGCUCUGUGACUCGGAGACCACCACUGUGGCCUUGUAUUCAGUCAGUUCUCAUCUGUCUCACACACACACACACAAAAACACAC